GUCAAGUUGAGCUCUGAGUCGGCAGACGGAGUACUCACCUCGGAGGAUGUGCCUGUCACAGCUAGCCCUCACCCACAGACAGACAAAGACACACCGGUAGACUGUACCUGGGAGAUCUACACUGACCGGGGCAGGGAGAUCCAGCUCCGGUCCUCCCACCUGGACCUCCCCCGCCGUGCCCGCUGUGAGGACAACCAGGUGACUCUGUAUGAGCGGACCACCCUGGAUUCUGACGUCAGACAGCGCUACUGCAAGGCCCAGCGCCUGGAUGUGACGUCAGACAGUAACCGGGUGUUUGUGCGUCUGUUCAGCAGCAGCCCCGCCAACAAGCCGGACAUCAAACUGGUCUACUCUCUGGUCAGACGAGUUUCCACCGGAGAGAACCAGUCGUCCCAGAUCCCCCUCCACAUCAUCAUCCUGGGGGCGGUUGGCGGAGUGAUCCUGACAGCUGUGAGCGUGUCUCUGUGUGUCAUGUGUCACCUCCGCCGCAAGGAGGCGCACAAACGGCGGGAAGACACCAGGCACCAGGCGUCACAGAGGAACGCCUUAGAGAUGGCGGUGUGCAACAGCUCCAAUACCACGAUGUCUCUGUCACAGCAUGAUAGGACUGCUGCGCCCAGUGAGCGGAACCACCACAUGGGCUACCAGCGAGCCGCUCAGACUCCGCCCGGCAAGGGGAACAACCCACACCGGUACAGCAUGACGGGAGACGGUGACGUCAUCCCAGACCAGAUGACCGAGUCCGGCAACUACAAACGUUUCCUGGAGCUAGGCGUGCCGGGGGAGGAGAGUAAUGUCCAGCCGGGCUACCCGACCCACAUGUUGGGACUGACCACCCUGGAGUCUCACCUGUACCCCGGCUACACCACCAGCCCCCAGUGGCAGAACGAGGACAGCUACCCGUACGGGAGUCUCAACAGAACCACGCCGUUCCUUGGACUGUCCAAACCUCUGCCCUACUCGCCGGACGGGAAGUACCACAAGUCAGGCAAGAUCCCGGACAACGAAAUCACGCGUGAGCACAGCGCCACGUAAGAUCCCAGCCCUUGAGCUCACGACAUUAGCAGCACGUGUCACCGCCCUCUUGUACAGGACUUUGUAUUUAUGUGCUUCAUGGUUCUCCCUUCCUCAUGGGAAAUACAAGAACCUUUGCAGCCAUAUUUAUAGGGAGGCUAUCAUGUACAGCAGGGUGAAAGUAGGACUUCAACAACAACGGAACGUUUGUGGACAUGAGAGUUUACUGAUGCCAGUGGGAGAAGUUGGGACCCCCACUUUGACUCCUUCUUCUUUGCUCAACGUUUUAGAGGAAUUAACCAAUCAUUUUGUGACUGUAGGAUCGUAACUACGGCUUUUAUAAUAUUAUGUUUUGCUUUUCUCAGUUUAGUUUGGAAUGAUGCUUUAACUCCUUUCUAAAGCUAUCACACACUGCACUAACCAACUGAGAACUACGGCAGCUGCACGGGGAGAGAACGGUAAUCUGUGUGUGACGUAACCCACCAGUCACCUCAACGGACUCUGUGUAACACUGGUGCCGGGGUGAGGGCUGAUGCAUGAUUGUGGCCAUGUCAGUUCGCUCGAUUCUACGAGGUGAAAACGUUUCUUUGCGCAGGUCUUAAGUCGUUUGUCCCUCAACUGUUGCAGCCCGACCUGUCAGUUUAGCCACGAGCACACCACAAGCUGAAGUCGUCAAUGUAGCUUCGACAAACGUCAGACAUGGGUUCAUGUGUUGAGUCCCCGGAACUUGACAUUGUUUCAGAAUGUCACCAGGUACGCUGGGAUGAUGAUAGAUCGUAAAGU